AUGGCAACAAUUGCAUACAUAUUUGCAUUUUCAAAUUCUAUAGCUCUAGUUAUCAUUGCAGCGGUUGCCUUUCUACUCUUUCUUUGUUUCUGCCCGAGGAAUGGGCAACCCCGUAAUUGGCCCCUCAUUGGGAUGUUGCCCAUGCUGCUGCUAACCAGUUUUAUAUUUGACAGUGUCACUGAAGUUUUAGAGUUCUGUGGCGGCACCUUUGAGUUCAAAGGACCUUGGUUUGGCAACAGGGAUAUGAUUUUCACCGCUGAUCCCGCGAACGUGCAGCAUUUAUUGAGUACAAACUUCUCCAAUUAUCCCAAGGGUCCCGACACCAGAAGGAUUUUCUCGGCCUACGGGCAGAUCCUAUUUGCCGCGGACCAAAAGGAUUGGAGAUUUCAUAGGAAAUUCGGUCUCGCUUUUUUCCACAACCAACAGUUGCAACAUUUCACGGUUAGGAUAAACCAGGAAGUUCUUGAAAAAGGGCUUGUUCCAGUUUUGGAUCAUGCUUCUGAACACGGGAUUACGAUAGAUUUGCAAGAUGUGUUCCAAAGGGCUAUGCUUGAUGCAACAUUCAUGAUGAUCAGUGGCAAAAACCGCAGCUCCCUCUGCGUUGGACUGCCAAAAGAUGUUGUUUUGGAAGCCUUGCAUGAUGCUAGUGAUGUGAUAUUGCUUCGCUAUAUUCUCCCAGAAAGAUUUUGGAUGUUCCAAAGGUGGCUGGGAGUUGGUGCAGAGAAGAGACUCAGUAAAGCUUGCGAAGUUUUGGAUGAAGCAGCAGCAAAAUGCAUCAAGAUUUGGAAAGAGCAAACCGACAAUAUUUCCAAAUCCGAGCAUGGUGAGGAAAGUUUGGAUGCAAUCACAUUUUUUUACAAUGGGAAGGAGUUCCUGGAAUCAGUUGGGGGGCAAGACUACACUAUGAGAGAAAUUGUAAAAGGAAUUAUAUUUGCAGGAACGGAUACAGCUUCACCAGUUUUAUCUUGGUUUUUUUGGCUUCUUUCGAAGAACCCCAUUGUUGAAUCCAAGAUUAGAGAAGAACUUGCGUCGAGAACUUGCAUCAAAGCUGACAUGCUACCAAGCGGUCACCGUGUGAAAGCGAACAAAAGAAUUGUUAUUUGUUCUUAUGCUAUGGCAAGAAUGAGGUUCGUAGCAUUCAGCUCAGGUCCCAGGAUUUGCCCGGGGAAAGAGUUGGCUUUUGCUACAGUUUUGUUCAACUACCAAUUUCAUGUAGGUACCAAGAUAGCAAAGGAUCAACCAGUGGCAACCCCUGCAGCCUCUACUAUUCUUCGUAUGAAGCAUGGUCUGACGGUUAAGACUAGUGAGGCCCCUGAUCCAGCUAGAUUUUGGGAUGAAAAGAAGAUAUCGUAUUCUGUGAUUCAUUACAGAUGCAGUGCCCAAAACAUUCCAAGAUUCAGUGCCAUACUUGUCUUUGGUGAUUCGGCCGUCGAUCCCGGCAACAAUAAUUACAUAACCACAAUAGCUAAAGGCAACCAUGCUCCAUAUGGCAUAAACUUCCCUGGUAAAAUUUCGACUGGGAGAUUUUCUGAUGGAAAACUCGUCCCAGAUCUUCUGGCAUCCAUGUUAGGCCUCAAGGAAACAAUCCCGCCGUUUUUGCAGCCAAAACUAUCGGAUCAAGAACUGCUCACAGGUGUCUCCUUUGCAUCAGCUGCUGCAGGAUUUGAUGAUGAAACCUUUGCUAGCAAACAUAAUUCCAAUGUCCAAGCAACCACAAUAUCUUAA